AUGGGUAUGAUAAUAUGGAAAUUGUUUAUUUCUUAUUUAUCUUAUAUAUAUUGUGUUUACUAGUUUGAAAAUGGAAAAUAAUUCUUACAUUGCUUAAUUGAUAUUUUAAAUGAAGAUUAAUAAAAUUUUGAAAAAAUAUUCAAUUAAUUAUUAAAAGAAACUGUUUAUGUGCAUUUGAUUAUUCAAGUGAAUCAAGAUUAACAGAUAAAAUCUGUUUAUUAAGGAAAUGAUAAUCAUACAGAAUAUUCUAAAUUUCAUAGAAUUGACACCUGUCUUACUUAAUUAGAUAUAUUUUUAUUUGAUGUUAAAUGUAUCCUCAAGUGUUAAAAAUACGAUGGAAGAGUUUUAUUAAAUCUAAAAUGGUACAAUACUUUAAGAAUUAACAAAUUAGAAGUAUCAAAAUUGUUAAUAAUGGUUUAUUAAUUUAGUCUAAACAAUUAUGAUCUUUAUAACGUAUGCUGCCCAUUAUUAAUUUAAUUAACAAGUGAGUUAAAAUUAUCUUUAGUUACAAUAGUAGGUAAUUAAUUUAAUAUCUCAACUUUUAUAGAAUAUGGAGAUAUUUAGGAAAAACUUUGGAGUUUUAAUUACUUCAAAUUUUUCUAACCACAUAUUAUCAAUAUGUGAAGUUGAUUAGACAUCAAAAAAUUAAAACUCAAAGGAGUAUAUAAAAUAUUCUAUGAACCUUGUUUAAUAUAGAAUUAACCAUAAUUGUAAACUCAAAUUGAAGAAAAAUUGUUUGAGUAAAAAAAAUCAGAUAGUGAAAUAUGAUUAGGAAAUUAGAUUACAUGAGAGAGUUUUAAUGCAAUAAUUAUUAAAGAUUUAUUGA